AUGGGGGGGUUGGGGGUUUGGGGUUGUGUGUGUGGGGGUGUGGGAGUGUGUGGGGUUUUUUGUGGUGUUUGUGUGGGGGGUGUGGUGGGGGGUGGGGGUUGUGUGUGUGGGGGUUUGUGUGUUGUUGGGGGGGAGUGGUGUUUGGGGGGGGGUUGUGGGUGGUGUGGGGGUUGUUGGUGGAGUGUGGUAGUGGGGGGAGUGUUGGUGGGGGGUGUUUGGGGGUUGGGGGAUUUUGGGGGGGGUUUGGGGUUUGUGUGUGGGUUGAGUGGGGUGGGGUGGGUUGGUGUUGGUUGGGUGUAG